UCUAAUUGCUACCGAGCGUUAUGCAAGGCGAGCGCAAUCAUGAUGACGUUAUCGGCCGGCGUUUGUGGUUGCCUUCUAUUCUUUUUGAUGGCUGCGGAAGUUCGCGGCGAGGCGACACCUAUCGGUCAUGUUUUGCAAAAAAGGGCGCGCAUUUGUGGUCCGAACCUUCCCGCCACUAUCCGUCUCGUCUGCAAUUCUUACUACAGAAGUCCACCACACAAGCGUUCACGAGCAGACGCAGACCUACUAGAUGAUCGCUCGACACCCAUUUUCGCGUUUAGUACAGACAACAACCCAAACACACGUGGCUUCACCGGAGACGGCACUCCUGAAGGCGAUUCCGCGGGGAUGAUAGACAGCAAACAGUCGCUACCGUCGCCAUUCCUUACGCAGAUGGCAGCAUUGAGCUUUAUUAAAGAUCUUGGUAGCAAACAUCGAUUAAAACGGC